GCGUUGCCUUUGAACCCUUGCAGCUGCAGUCUGCAAGGGCCCAAAGGAGUGACGGCCAUAAGAACAGAGAUCAUAAGAUCCUUACUACUCCCAUCGUCGAGUUGCUAGGAACGAGUUUAACGCUGGACAGGGUUAGAUUCGCUGUGCACGCCAUUAAGCGUUUGCUAGCGUUCGAAAGCUCCAUUCGUCAGCAUCAUUUCAAGCCCUUAAUCGACACGAUCGGCGCGGUUCUCCUCUCACACUCGUAUCUCGCCCGUACCUGCGCCGUUUCCCUCGAUUCCGGAUACGUUCGAAAGCCCCAUUCGUCAGAAUCAUUUCAAGCCCUUACUCGACACGAUCGGUGCGGUUCUCCUCUCACAUCAAAUCUAGCUCGUAUCUCGCCCGUACCUGCGCCGUUUCCCUCGAUUCCGGAUACGUUCGAAAGCCCCAUUCGUCAGAAUCAUUUCAAGCCCUUACUCGACACGAUCGGUGCGGUUCUCCUCUCACACUCGUAUCUCGCCCGUACCUGCGCCGUUUCCCUCGAUUCCGGAUACGUUCGAAAGCCCCAUUCGUCAGAAUCAUUUCAAGCCCUUACUCGACACGAUCGGUGCGGUUCUCCUCUCACACUCGUAUCUCGCCCGUACCUGCGCCGUUUCCCUCUAUUAUGGAUACAUAAGAAAGCCCUCAUUCGCCUCGUCGUUACAAUACCAAGCGCACAUCGCGCUUGCUCUCAAGCCCUUACCCGACACGAUCGGUGCGGUUCUCCUCUCACACUCGUAUCUCGCCCGUACCUGCGCCGUUUCCCUCGAUUCCGGAUACGUUCGAAAGCCCCAUUCGUCAGAAUCAUUUCAAGCCCUUACUCGACACGAUCGGUGCGGUUCUCCUCUCACACUCGUAUCUCGCCCGUACCUGCGCCGUUUCCCUCGAUUAUGGAUACGUUAGAAAGCCCUCAUUCGCCUCGUCGUUCCAAUACCAAGCGCACAUCGCGCUUGCUCUCAAGCCCUCAUUCGCCUCGUCGUUACAAUACCAAGCGCACAUCGCGCUUGCUCUCAAGCCCUUACCCUGACACGAUCGGUGCGGUUCUCCUGUCAAACUCGUAUCUCGCCCGUACCUGCGCCGUUUCCCUCGAUUAUGGAUACGUUAGAAAGCCCUCAUUCGCCUCGUCUUUCCAAUACCACGCGCACAUCGCGCUUGCUCUCUCAAGCCCUUACUCGACACGAUCGGUGCGGUUCUCCUCUCACAUACCACACUUACCCUACCGUUUUAACCUUAACCCGGCACGAGGGUACGGGUACGGGUACGGGCAUUGCAACACUAGAGCCGUACCUGUACCCCGCACGUACCCAUACCCCGCACCCGCACGGGUAUACCCGUACCCGUGCAGUUCCCUAGUUCCCUAG